GCGGCCGCCGCGGCUCCGAGAGCCUUUGUGGGCGCGGGCGGGCACCCCUGCGUCUGUCACCAGCCCCCGCGUCGGGCCUUGGACUCUCGUCCCCCGCGGACCGCUGCCGCGCAGCCGCCGAUGCCUCCGCUCGGGCUCGCCGCUGCCGGCCGUGGACGCUGGGCCAGGCGUUUCCUCCCGGGUCCGCCCUGUGCGCGCCGUGUGGGCCUCGCGGACUCGGGGCGACGAGACUCCGAGCUCAGGGCGGACGCAGCCGGGCUCCGGUUUCCGUGUCCGUCCCCAUGAUGGCCGCACCUCCCUCCUCUGGAAACCUAACGCUUUCCUCUUCAAAGCCGUUUGCUGUGGAAGUCAGGAGAUGAUUCCUUGGCAGGAGGCAGAGGAACCGGGUGGAAAAAGGCUUGGGGUGGAGGGAAGUCGUCCCCGGGGUCAUCGUGUUGGGAAUCCCGGGCCAGCCUCGCAGGGGCGUGAACGGGGCAGGUGCCCUGGCGCUGCCUCAGUUUCCUGAGCGGUGCAGUGGGUGCUGGCAGUGCGACCUGGCGCCGAGGAACUCAGCAGCUCGGGGCGGGCCCUGGCCCUAGUGGGCUCAGCGGGUUGUUGCUGCCGCCGCGGGUCCAGCGUCCGGUCCGGAAGCCCAGAGCCCACGAGACCUGGUCCUGGACGGGCGGCCCAGCGCUGCUCGUCUGCGAGCUCCUGGCGCCUCCCUCUGAGGACGCGCGGGGUCGGGUUUCAGAACUGAGAAUUCCAGGGCUGGCAAGCAGAAGGGGCUUCCUCCUGACUUCCUUUCUCUUCUCAGAUCUGCCUUCUGGAGACUGCACCGCCCUCAGGGGAGAGCCCAGAAAGAGGACAUGGCUGCUGGGCAGCCGGAAGCGAGGCCCCAGUGGGAAUGAGAAGGCCACCCUUUCUAGGUGAGAGAAGAAUGAACAGAGUUGGAGAGGUCACUUGACUCCAAGGACAGAGACAAGAUCCCUCAGGUGUCACUGACGUUCGAGGAUGUGGCUGUGCUCUUUACCCGGGAUGAGUGGAGGAAGCUGGCUCCUUCUCAGAGAAACUUGUACCGGGAUGUGAUGCUGGAGAACUAUAGGAACCUGGUCUCACUGGGACUCCCAUUUACCAAACCAAAAGUGAUCUCCCUGUUGCAGCAAGGAGAAGAUCCCUGGAAGGUGGAGAAGGACUGUUCUGGCAGCUCCUCUCUAGGAUGUAAGAGCAAUCCUAAAAUGACAAAGACAACUCAAACUCAGGAUUCAUUUCAGGAGCUGAUGAGGAAAAGACUGAAAAGGGAUGAACCCUGGAACUUCAUAUCAGAAAGACCCUGCAUAUAUGAAGAGAAAUUAAAUAAACAGCAAGACAAAAAUGAAAAUUUACAAAUAAUUUCAAUUACCCAUACAAAAAUCCUCACUGUAGACAGAAGCCAUAAAAAUGUUGAAUUUGGUCAAAACUUCUACGUAGAAUCAGUGUUCAUCAAGCAACAGAGAUUUGCUAGAGAGAAAACUCUGUCAAAUUGUGAAAUACAAAGAAAUAGUUUCAAGCAGAAUUCAAAUUUACUUAACCAAUCAAAAAUCAAGACAGCAGAGAAACGCUAUAAAUGCAAUACAUGUGAAAAAGCCUUCAUUCACAAUUCAUCUCUUCGUAAACAUCAGAAAAACCACACUGGAGAAAAAUUAUUUAAAUGUAAAGAAUGUGUAAAAGCCUUCAGCCAAAGUUCUGCUCUUAUUCAACAUCAAAGAACUCAUACAGGAGAGAAACCCUACUUAUGUAAAGAAUGUGGGAAAGCCUUCAGCCAUAGUGCAUCCCUUUGUAAGCAUCUAAGAACCCAUACUGUGGAGAAAUGCUAUAGAUGUAAAGAAUGUGGUAAAUCCUUCAGUCGAAGGUCUGGCCUUUUUAUACAUCAAAAAAUCCACGCUCGAGAAAAUCCCCAUAGAUAUAAUCCAGGUAGGAAGCCAUCCAGUUACAGCACAUCCCUUUCUGGAUGUCAGAAAGUUCAUCUCAGAAAAAAGUCCUACUUAUGUAAUGAAUGUGGCAACACCUUUAAGUCUAGCUCAUCCCUUCGUUAUCAUCAGAGAAUUCACACUGGAGAGAAACCUUUUAAAUGUAGUGAAUGUGGGAGAGCCUUCAGUCAGAGUGCAUCUCUUAUUCAACAUGAAAGAAUUCACACUGGAGAAAAGCCCUAUAGAUGCAAUGAAUGUGGGAAAGGCUUCACUUCUAUUUCACGACUUAAUAGACACCGAAUAAUUCAUACUGGAGAGAAAUUGUAUAAUUGUAAUGAAUGUGGUAAAGCCUUAAGUUCCCACUCAACGCUUAUUAUUCAUGAACGAAUUCAUACUGGAGAGAAACCAUGUAAAUGUAAAGUAUGUGGAAAAGCCUUCAGACAGAGUUCAGCUCUCAUUCAACAUCAGAGAAUGCAUACUGGAGAAAGACCCUAUAAGUGUAACGAAUGUGACAAAACAUUCAGGUGUAACUCAUCCCUUAGUAAUCACCAGAGAAUUCAUACUGGAGAGAAACCAUAUCGAUGUUUAGAAUGUGGGAUGUCUUUUGGCCAAAGUGCAGCUCUUAUACAACAUCAGAGGAUUCAUACAGGAGAAAAACCCUUUAAAUGUAAUACAUGUGGAAAAACUUUUAGACAAAGCUCAUCACUUAUUGCACAUCAAAGAAUUCACACUGGAGAGAAACCCUAUGAAUGUAAUGCAUGUGGAAAACUCUUUAGCCAGAGGUCAUCCCUCACUAAUCAUUAUAAAAUUCACAUUGAAGAGGACUCCUUAAAAGCUGAUUUGCAUGUGUGAAAGCCUUAAACCAAAACUCAUCAGAGAAUACAUGCUUGAGAAUGAAAUAGAGAAAACUUUUAGUAUCUCAAAACUUGAGCUACGUAAUACAUAUAGGGAAAGCUUUCAUACUAGUCACCCACUUUAAAAAAUAUCCUAAGACAAUUCACUGUUGCAGAUGUUGAAGUUGGCCAUUUGUAAGAUAAAAGGUAUGUUUUUAAAAUCUCUUUAUUAGCAUUAUAUGCUAUCUAUGAUAUGCAAGGAUGAGAAAACUCUGUGCCGAGGUGCUGGAGUUUUCAUUAGAAAAACAACUGUAUAAGCUAUUGUAUAAAAAUAAGCAUAUUUAUUACAGCAAACAUUUUAA